AUGUACUGUGUACGUCAGUUGAACGUCAAGGCCCACGCGAGUUUCGACUUAUCGUUCGCUAAUAGGCCUGCCUGUCUCUGUGGAAAAACAAGUCGCGGUUUAGUGGGACUGGUUGUGGAAGUUUUACCGCCACGUUAUACACCAUAAUAGUGAGGUUCAUGUACUACUGCCACAGACGGUAUGCAGCACAUUGGCAUCGGUUCUGAUGGGACCAGAGUUUGGACUUUGGCGAGAAGUUGAAGUGGCCAGGAGCAAGAGAAAAGAGAGUGAGAGAGAGAAGGGGGUGGAGUUUACGGUAAACGGAAUCGACAAUCGACAGUAUCGCUGGCGCUUUCAUUGGUGGCAUUUGUACUGAACAGAGUUUGGUGCCGCAAGUGAAGAGAUAAGUGGUUGGAGGAUAAUCGUUGAGACUGCGCAGAGCAUCGUGUGCCUUGCUUGUCCCUUUCUUCGUUAUUAUCAUUUUUCUCCUUUCCUCAUUUUGACCGUCUCUUGACUUGUUUCAGUCCUGCCAGUCCCUGCCAUGAUUUCGUUUUUAUCUCGUUAAUCUGAGAGCUCGAGAAGAAUUCGGCUCGUCUCGGUUUCUUUACUUCCUCCGAUUAUCUGAACCCUUGGUUUUCCUUCGCAUUGCCCAACGUGAAACGUGAUUAUCCUAUCAUUCUCUGUUACACCGUCAACCGUCUGUGAUUGUGACAUUGCAAAAGUGUGAGGUGCGGUCCAUAUGUUUGAAACGAAACAAUGGUGUUUGCAAGAUUUUUCGUCAAAAAGACACACGAUGACAACACGGUACCAGUCAAUCUCACCUCGAGUAUGCUGUGUAUUCAAGAAGAGCUGGGGCAGCUGAGCGGCAUUGCUGGAGGACUAACGAUCGCUAGUCCUCAUGAAAUACCACUACCUAAUAGCAGUACUACGGAGAGUAACAGCAAGUCGAGUGGGAGUGGAACAAAGUGCUCCCCCGUUUCUGGCACUCUAGACGCUCAAAGAUCCGGCUGGAUCGAGGGUAUUUUCGGAUGUCUUCGACCAGUUUGGACGAUAAUCGGAAAAGCUGCCGUUAACGAAAUUAAAGGACACCAAACCAAUGACUGGGAGAUACCGUUCGAAUCUAUCAGCGAAUUACAGUGGCUUGGUUCAGGAGCUCAAGGUGCGGUGUUCAGGGGAAAAUUAACCGGGGAAAUAGUCGCUGUGAAAAAAGUCAGAGAACCUCGUGAGACUGAUAUACGCCAUUUGCGCAAGCUCAAUCAUCCAAAUAUUGUAAAAUUCAAAGGCGUCUGUACACAAGCACCAUGCUACUGUAUUGUCAUGGAGUUUUGCCCUUAUGGACCACUGUACGACUUGUUACGCGCCGGAGAACCCGUACCUCCACCUCGUCUUGUUUCUUGGGCGAGACAAAUUGCAGCUGGAAUGCACUACCUGCAUUCUCACAAAAUUAUUCACAGAGAUUUGAAAAGUCCCAAUGUAUUAAUUGGUCGUGGUGAAGUCGUAAAAAUCAGCGAUUUUGGAACGAGCAGAGAAUGGAAUGAGAUUAGUACGCGGAUGAGUUUUGCAGGGACCGUCGCGUGGAUGGCCCCAGAGAUUAUCCGAAGUGAACCUUGUUCUGAAAAAGUUGAUAUAUGGUCCUACGGAGUUGUGCUGUGGGAGUUACUGAGCGGAGAGAUACCGUACAAAGACGUAGAUUCCUCGGCGAUAAUUUGGGGCGUGGGUAAUAACUCUCUUCAUCUGCCGAUUCCCGCCAGUUGUCCGGAAGGUUUCAGACUUCUGGUGAAACAGUGUUGGGCUGCCAAGCCGCGUAACAGACCAUCCUUCAAGAACAUCUUAAUUCACCUUGACAUCGCAGCUGUGGAAGUGCUCAGCAGAAAGCCUGACGAAUAUUUUAAAACACAACAAUCCUGGAAGGAAGAAAUCAGGGUGCAUAUGAAGCAAAUGCAAACUAAUAGUUGCAGCACACCAAGAUUUGAGGCAGAUCUUAUUCGUCGCAGAGAAGAUGAGCUGAGGCAUGCCCAGGAUAUCAGGGAACAUUACGAGCGUAAGCUCGAAAGAACUAAUAAUCUCUACUUGGAGCUGAGCGCUGUUUUAUUGCAACUUGAACAACGCGAACGAGAUGUUGUAAAGAGAGAACAACAGUCUGGGUACAAACAGUCUAAAAAACGGCUGGUACAUCCUUUGCUCAAAGCUCAAGAGAGGUUCCACCGCAAACGUAAUCCAACAAUAAACUUGUCUACCUCAUCAACACCAACGACUCCACCUUCUCCUUCUGCUGAAUCUCCACAGAGUCCAGUGAAAGCAACUUUAUAUACGCAAUUGAAUGAAUCUAAUCAACCAGAGACGGUAUUGGCUCCCAGCAAUAGCUUUAAACAGCGUAAAUACAGACAUCGUAGAGUAGGUUCUGGUUGUGGUGUCAGCUCGAGUCCUAGGACAAGUCCGCACCAUGAAAGAAAAAACACUGACGCAGCUCAUCAUCGGUACGUCGAUAGUCAAACUCAAACAGAUGUGAUGGAUCUGAGCGAAACUGAUUUCAGCCCUGUUGCACAGACUGUCUCUGUAGACAAAUUUAUAUUGGAAUUAUCCAGCAGGCAAUCGUCGUCCAGACGCAAAUCCGAAUGCCUCAAUGGGAAUACCAUUAACUCAGAAACUCACUACAGGAUGCAAUCUAGUCCCUGUUCAAGCCCUGAACCACCCGACGAAAAUCACAUAAACGGAAACGAACGCCUUAGAGAUUGCAGCGACGACGAUAAUCUUGAAACCCUUGGUCGAAAAGUCAGCGAGAUACUUAAUGCCAACAGGCUCAUAUCGUCAAUUGAUAACGGAAAUUGUGACGAUGUUAUUAUAUCGCACAGGGGAAAAGAUGAACUUAUGAAACUGCCAGGUCAAAUUUGUGGAAUUAUAAUUAGCGGUACUGAUGUACACAAUGAUUCCGACCUCAAAUCGAAACCAUGUUCAGACAACAUGGAUUCUCUCUGCAAUCACGAGGAUGAGGCGUGUGAUGAGAGUUGGUCCGAUGAAGAAGGCGAGGAUCCUAGUUACACCUAUAACUUUUCUCUUAGGCGUAGAAGCAUUGCGAGGAGGCCUAUUGGACCAGGUUGCAGAAUGAGAAGAACCAAGCAAACGCCGACAAACACCGAAUGUGUACUAGCUUCUGAUGAAGAAAAUACUUCAGAAUACUCACACCCACCAUCCAGUCAAUCGUCAACUCUAGAAAGCAAUCCGGAUGUCCAGCGAGUAUUGCGACACAUACAACAUUCACAGAAGAGAAAAGUUCUAGAUGACGAGGGCACUUCUGACACAUCCAGUCAAUCGGAAACCGACGAGGUCAGUGAUACAACAAUUGCAUCACAGCCGGCAAAGGCGUCUGUAAAAAUUGAAAGCACUGUAUAGGGUAAAGUAGUUUGAUACAGAAAAAGAAACAAAAAGAAAACCUGAAUUAUAGACUAUAUAAAGAUAAAAAUUCGCAGAGCAUUACCAUAACAUAUAAGGAAGUUUGAAACGUUGACUGAAGAUUUGAAAUUAAUGAAAACAAUAAUGUAUCGCCAGGCAACUGCUGGAUAACAACGUGUCUUAUACAUUCUCAAUACUUUCUAUGCAAUAAAUCGACUACUUUUUAUAUGGUUUAUAAACAGGGUAACAAGGAGAGAAAAAGAAAACAAUAAUGCCGCAUUGUUCCGAAUAUAAGCCGAGGAUUUUUGUCGUUAACUAAGAAACACACCCUGAAAUACUGUAUCAGAAAUGAGAGUCGACUUAUACUCGGAUCAAUACAAUUAUUGUUAGUUGUUUUUUUUUUUUUUCAAAACAAGCGUAGCGAAUGCUUAAGGAUGAAGUGAACCAUGCUCACAAAACCUUACUCGAAUUACCUUAAAUACGUUUUGUCCUUUUCACUCCUUCAGCGAGACCAAAAGAUGAGAUACAUCCAAGUUGACUCUAGUAAAGCUUGUGAAUGUAUGUCUCUCAGUAACCCUCGGAAGCCUUUUUGAUUAGUAAUUCUUUCACAUUCCAUAAACACACACGACUCAAGCGACGAUGAGAUAUGUAAAGGAAAAAGUCAAGUCUAUGAAUUAAAAUAAUAUCAGAAGUAAGAGAAAUAGAAAAAGUGCCAUAUAGGUAGCUAUAGCGUAUUAUGUACAGUAUAAGACUUGUUAACCGACGACUGCAGUGAAUUAACUAUAACAAAUAACACAUACACCACAGCCCUGAGCUUUAUCUGAAAGUAAAAAAAAAAGUCAACACGUUAUCAAAGAUUAUCACUACAAAAUUUGUAUUAUGGUUCACGUGCUUUGCAGUUUGUUCCAUGCAAUGUAAAUAUAGACGAAUUUGUAGUACCUUUUUUUCAUCUACUUUUUGUAGCACCGUUACACAUGUCAAAGUAAGAAACUCUAAAGAGAUUCAAUUUUUAAAUUGUAUGAAAAAAAAUUAUUCGUUAAAUUUCGAUUUAAUUUACAUAGUUCCUUUUAGUAAAUAUUUUAGUCAAUAAAUGUUAUCGUUUCGUAUAAGUAAAUCCUUAUUUGUGAGAGCAUAAAUAUAGGAAAGAUAAAAUGGAAAAAUUUAAGCACCAAUUUUGGUAACAGUGAGAAAUGUGAUGAAUGAAAUUUUUGGAAAAUGUACUCAACUCAUCUGGCAAAAGUGACGGAGGAUUGCCGUUUUUAAAAGUAAUGUAUUGAUGUCCUAAAAUUUUCACUUGUUGGGUGCCUUAUUUACUCAAAAUGAAAAUAGUAUUCAUGCUUAUUGAACUUUUGUGUAAUAAAACCAAAACUUAACCGAGUGAGAUUCCAAAACCACUGAUUGAAUAUAGGUAUCAAAAAAAAGAUGAUGCGAAAAGUACAAGAUUAGGUGAUAAACGUUUGAAAAAUUUGUCCUUAGCUCUGGAAAAAUGUACUUAAAAUAGUUUCAUUAACUUUCAAAAUUGUACAAAUCCUGUGGCACCUUAUUUCGUUAGUCUUAAAAAAUGUGAUACAUUUUUCAAAAACUGAUAAGUAAAUGAACAACAAUUGAUUAAGUACACUGUAUAAUAAAUAUAUCCGAGUCAAUGAAAAAUCCAUGGUUGCACUUGGAAUCUUGCUAAUUUUCCUGCCAAAAAAUUACCUAGAAAUGAUUAUUUCUCCAUUAUAUCUGUUAACUUUUAAUCUCAAUUUCGCGAAAUUCACUACCUACAAAAUAUUGUAAUAACGAAAAUGGUUUCUUGUAUUUGCUCUCAAUAAUACUUAGAUUAUAGUGAUUUUUAUUUUUAUUCAGGUAACUCGGUCGUUGAACAUAUUGAUUAAAUCCCUGAUAAUGUCUAGCCAAUAAUUGAAACCCCUCAACCUGUAUAUCUAUGUUGUAAUUUGUGUUUAGUGAAGAUUCAGGAAAAAUGAUGUAGCCGAUAGAGACCCUAUAACUAUUAUUACCCUAACUGUAACUCUAAGACAUAAUCAUAAAUUACACAUAAUACGACCCAUCAGGUGACGUUUACUCAUUCUAACAAUAAUAUUUAUUUCCUAAAAUUCCAUUUAAAAAGUGAGUUCCAAGAAAAAUUGUUACGCGAAGUAUGUUCAAUGUGUACUUCGAUAAUUGUCCCUAAGUUAAUUAUACAUUAAAAUUACAAUAUUAUACAAAAUUACUUGUAAGGCAGAAGAAAAAAAAAAAAAAAAAAAAAACAUGAUAAGUGAAAGAAAUUAUAAAUUUAUAAGUGCGUUUAGAUUACAUUACAGUUAGUCAUCGUUGCAACAAUAAACCUUUUCCAAUCUGAUGUCUAAGCAUCAAAUAUAUGAAAUCAAUAAUUGUGUGAUGGAAAGUUUUAAUAUCCGCAAAACUUGAAUCCAAUUUUAAAAUUUUCUAAAAUAUAUAUCGCAUACAUUUUUUUUUAUUUUAUUUUACUGCAAAUUCAAUAUUUUGAAAUAUUCAAAUUUUUCCUCUGUAACGUGUAGACUCAACUGUAUAAUGUUGAUGAAAUGUAAAUCGUUUGAGAGAGAACGAUAUUGGGAAAAGAUUUCUUUAACAAACUAUACGCAACUCAAAAAGCAUCUUAUUAGAAAAGGUUUGUUAUUGAAAAGAUGUAAAGAAAUAAGUGCCUACAGGCAGGUAAUUAAAGUGACAAAAUUAUAUUUCUUAAGACAACUUAUUGGUUUAGAAAUUGAUUGAAAUUUUUCAUAAGAAUUAUGGAUGACAUGCAGCAAUAGAUGCCUUUAGCAUCGAGUAACUUGUAAUCAUGUGUGUAACGCAAGCAUAUUAUUCUAUGCUAAUUCCAAAACAAAAAAAAAAAAACAAAACUAGAGGAAAUAUUUAGACAAGAAUGAGAAAAAAAAAAAUAUU